AUGAAGCGCAGGGCCGAUAUGUCGCCCGAGCCAGUGGUGACCGAGGAGGGCGGCAAGAGGGAAAAACCAGCACAUGGCCGCCCUGCCGCGCAGACGGCCGAUAUCCCGGCCGAGAUACUCAACUUUGUGCCGCCGUGUGCGCGGAAAUGCUUCCAGUCCUUCAUAUCAGCCAACUUCGACAGCGAUAUCUGCGGAAACUCACCUUCCUUGCAGUGCCUGUGCCGGCAGCAGGGGACGUUCGGGUACACCCUCGGAGAAGGGGCGGUAUCGUGCCUCGUGGCAGAAAGCAGUCGUGGGGCUUGCCAGGGACAGGACGGCGGGAGUGAUGCAAAAGAGACGGCAUACUAUAUGUGUAUUGGAGUGUCAAACGCUGUAUCAAUGACGCAUUCGACCAUCUUGGCCACCCUCGUCCUGCCUCCAUCGGGAACAGGACCUCUAAUCGUGCCAACAGCAAAUCCCACGACCACGGGCACGGACGUGGCGACGGGAACAACAACCAGCAUGCCGACGCCGACCGUCAGGCUCCCGACAGGUGACGAACCGAGCUCCACGACAACCACAUCAUCAUCAUCACCAUCAUCAUCAUCAUCAGCGCCAUCGUCAACAACAGCAACAGGCUUGGCAUCCCCCACACAAACAGCCGAGACAGGUUCUGGAGUCAGAGAUGGGCAUUCGCAACUUAGCAGUUCCCAGAUUGCCGGCAUUGUUCUCGGAAGCACCGCUGUCAUCGUGUUCGGCAUUCUGCUCGUGUUGCUGGCUAGAUGCAUACGGCGGAGGCGAUUUAGCGACUUGGAAUCUGGCUUCUUCAAUAUCAGGGAAUCGGUGAGCUUUGGAAAGAAGAGCCGCCCGGGGAGCAGCCACGGAGUCCCUCACAUCACUGGUCCGCUCUUUCAGGUCCAGCCGCAGCGGAAUCCGGCAGACCCGCGGUGGCAGCCCGGCAUGCCGCGAGCGGGAGUUGGCCUCGCCAUCUCUCCGCUAGCCGCCCGGGGCGGUGGGCUUGCACGAUCGUCGCCCGCUCAGGCUCCUGCCCUGUCUGUAUCUCGACCUCCAACCCCUCCCCGGAAGCCUAGUCCGGUAUCUGUUCCCAAGCUAGUGCCGCCUCCGCGAAGCGUCCCGAAGGCUGGAUUAAGCCCUGCACCCGGGACCAUGGCACCGACGGCGCGACGAAGCCCACCGAAACCGACAUUGACCCUCGCCAUACCCAAGGGCCAAGAACGGAUGGUCCGCGCGCCAGUUAGUUCGCGGGAUAGCGUGGUCACCGAGUUUGCCGAAGACGGCGAGGGCGACACAGCUCCCGGACCUGCCAUAUGGCGGCCUCCUACGUCGGAUCCUCUAUCAGCUACAACGGUCUACUAUGCCGAUAAGGGAGGCAACUGGAUCCUCCGCAACUCCUCGACGAAGCAGCCCGGUCAGGGUCAGGGAAGCUCCAGCAGAGCGCCGGGGCCUACAAAACGGGUGAUUCAGGAGGUCCCCGCAGCGCCUGUGGAGGUCGAGUUGCCAAGUCCAGAGCACAAGACGAGGGCUGAAAGGGCCAGGGACGCAUAUGGCGGGUUUUCGCCCGAUGCUGUUGUCUCCCCGCUCAGACUCCCACGAAAACCAGGUAGGCAGAGAUUGGGGUCCCCCAUCUCGUUCAAAGACCAGCGCCGCGAGCCACAGAUAUCGAGUCCCAGCGUGUCUGCGAGACUGUCUCAGACUGCUGAGACUAUCAUGAGCGAAUCGCCGCAAGCCAGCAGUCAGCCCAUCGAUACCUAUUUCGCGACGGUGCGUGAGAGCAGGGACUUGACCGGUGGCAAGACCAAGCGGCGCUCUGCCCAGAAGUUUGGCCGCCGGGUGUCGCAGGAAUCGGCGACCUCGAUCGAGUCCACAGCAGAGGAUGAGGACAUGAUCGAAGACGAACGUCAGGCGGACCUCUCGCCGGUGGCAGAGUCACCCCGGACGCCGGUUUCUCCGGGAAAGCCUCCCGUCAAGUACCCCGCUAUCCGCAAGCACAACGAUAAGCAGCAGCAGCAGCAGCAGCAGCAGCCUCCGCCCGACAGGGUAGCCGGAUCCGAGCUACUCCCUCCGGCACACCGGUACAACGUCUGGCACCCGCCAGGACGUUCCAGCCCCACGGGCAUGGGCUCCAUGGUCAAGCUCGGACCUUUCACCCCGGAUGCUUCCCAAUCGAGAAGCAACAGGCCCGAGAGGCUGCGGAACGCGCCGAGCCCCGGCCCCGCCGCGAGCGGUAACCCGGACAGGCAAAUGACAGGGUCGCCCGAGGCCCGUCGGGGGCUGCUCUCCGCGGCAGAAUUAGAGGCCCGCUACUGGCAGCGUCAACGACAAGUCGCGAACCCGGCGUCGUACUGGAACGAGGCGCCGCAGGCAAGAGCCCAGCCGUCGCGCUCGCGGCAGCCUCAGCAGCGACAACACCAACCGCCGUCGCUGCCGACGCCGCCGUAUGAACUGCCCGGCGAGAACAGCACAUCAUCACCGUCAUCGUCGUCGUUAGGACGGUAUGGGACGCCUAGGCAGCAGCCCCAACCCUCGCACCAACAACGGCGCCCGGGCCUCCUCCCGACCCCGGCAGCCACGCCACAGUCCCUGGAGGGCGGCGUCAAGACCGAGGGCGCUUUCUCGAGCUCAAGCCAGGACCAGAGCCAGAGCCAGAGCCAGGGCCAGGGCCAAGCGUCACUCCUCCUCGCGAAGCGGCGCGGGGCUGAAAAGGCGGCGGCCCUCGUCCUCCCCAACGCCAACGGCAAGGGGUUGGCGGGCGGCGAUGGUGCGCCGGGCGGCCGGAGAGGGAAGAGCGGGUGGAAGAGAGAGGAGACGACGGAGGAGCACGGCCCGGUGCCGCCGAUCACGCCCGGUUGGGUGCCGGAACUGACCCCGACGAGAAAAGGGGAGGACCUGUACCUGAACGUGAGGUGAAGCGGACGGGGCGGUCUAUUUCUGUGGGCGACGGAGCGGGCGGGGCGAUGACAUGAUGGAAGUGAUGUCGCCGGAAAAAAGUUCUCUCUCUUUUUUUCAACUUUUUUCCUCCUUAACUUUUCUUUUUUUUCCUUUUUUUACCGUACUUUUCCUGCUUGCUGAAUCACAGACGGCGUGGUUCAGAUGAGCCUCUUCCCGGGUUCUCGCUGUUUGAGAUUCGGGAAACAAUGUCAGACUCAGGAUUGGGUUGACAAUUGCACGGUACGGAGUUCUGGUUCUCGAGAAGUUACGGGUGAAUUGGGAAAGGGCCGAGAAAGCUUCCAUAGAAGUCGAGUGGAUUUAUUGCGGCGUUGAUAAUGUCUGGGGAUGUUGGUUGUGGGAUCUAUACCCGGCGGUGUCUUGGCCGCGGACGAGCUAGAUUAGCACGCUGUGAUUGUAGAACAGAGCAUGCAAUGUCGAGCCUGGUACAUAUCCUGUAUAGACAAGACAUACUUAACAAUUGUUGUAUGG